GCUCCGGCCGUCUCAGCAGCCAGCUUGUGUCUGUCCGAGUCGCUCCGGGGGCCCCGCCGAGGAGCCGUUGGCGGGUUCGGGGCCGAUACCCGUUCUUGGGAAGCAGUGUCCAUCGUCGUCCGCGCCCGUCCCCGCUCUCUGCCGGCCGCCGCCAUGCUGGCGCUCAUCUCCCGCCUGCUGGACUGGUUCCGCUCGCUGUUCUGGAAGGAGGAGAUGGAACUGACGCUCGUGGGGCUGCAGUACUCCGGCAAGACCACCUUCGUCAAUGUCAUCGCGUCUGGUCAAUUCAGUGAAGAUAUGAUACCCACAGUGGGCUUCAACAUGAGGAAAGUAACUAAAGGUAACGUCACAAUAAAGAUCUGGGACAUAGGAGGACAACCCAGGUUCCGGAGCAUGUGGGAGCGGUAUUGCAGAGGAGUCAAUGCUAUUGUUUACAUGAUAGAUGCUGCAGAUCGUGAGAAGAUAGAAGCCUCUCGAAAUGAACUACAUAAUCUUCUAGACAAACCACAGUUACAAGGAAUUCCGGUACUAGUACUUGGAAACAAAAGAGAUCUCCCAAACGCCUUGGAUGAGAAACAGCUAAUUGAAAAAAUGAACCUGUCUGCUAUUCAGGAUAGAGAAAUUUGCUGCUAUUCAAUUUCCUGCAAAGAAAAGGAUAAUAUAGAUAUCACACUCCAGUGGCUUAUUCAACACUCAAAAUCCCGGAGAAGCUGAGACAUCUUCUGAAUCUCCAGUCCUUCUUGGCUAUAAUCCUAGAACUGCUGUCGUUCCUUUGAAGUACUUCCCAGAACAUGGUCCUUCCCAAACCCAAGAAAUUGCCUUUUUCAGAGUUUCUUUCUCAUGUGCACUGCUGAAGAUGUGUAUCCCUGUCCAUAACAGAUCAGCUGGAGUUGUCAUGAUAAAGUCAGCACACACUAAAAGACUUCACACAUAUCUAGUGUGUUGAGGCCUCUUUCCUUUCUUUCUUUUUUAAAAACAGCCACAUAUUUGAUCAUCUUAAAUUAAGACAAUUGCAUAUUACCAUUCUGGUCUUUCUGGGCCAGAUUUUGUAUUGGUUUUCAGUAAAUGUCUACCUAUUUCAUUGCAGAGUCCAGUAGCUUAUACUGGUACUGAUUUGAUGCAGCAUGGAAUUCCUAGUGCCACACACAGUAUUUAGAAAACUUUAAGCCUGACUAUUGUGGGAUACGGACGUAAUGUUUAUCCCAUCUCACACAUGCAUGUGAAAUGUAGAUUUACACCGUAGGAAUAAUCAGUCUGCUGAGAGUUAACAGAGGCACCAGGUCAGCACAGUGGGUUCCUCACACUGCAGACUUCUGACCUGGGGAAUUUUAAAAACAUUUCUGCUUUCUGAGACUCCUUUGUCACCAGAUAGCAUUUGGGGAGGUGGGAGGAGUUACAGCAUGCUCUUUUGUAUCUGUCCAGAUCAUCAGUUUUUCUCCCUUUUAACACACUUUUUUAAAGAGAUGGGAAUUGAAGUUUUUUUUUAAAAA